ACAUCGCAACCCACCACUACCUACCUGUUGCUCCCCCAUCCUCGCAGCCUUUGUAGCCUCACUCUCACCUACAAGCCACCCCCACCAAUGGCGUCCCCACGAACCCACCCCCUCCCGACCCCACCAUGCUUCCCCACGGCCCCACUCGUCUGACCCUAACCCCAACCUCACCUCUCCCCACCCCGCCGUCUCGGUCUCACCUCGCCGCGCCGGGACCCAAGACCAGACCCGAUCCCCUAAACCCGGCCCCAAACCCUAGCGCCGCCGCCAUGCUGCGCCGCCUCGCCUCCGCCGCCGCCCCGCGGGCCUUCUUCUCGCCCUCCCCGGCGGCGGGCCACGCCCCGCGCCGCGAGUACGGGCUGGUCCCCAUGGUCAUCGAGCACACCUCCCGCGGGGAGCGCGCCUACGACAUCUUCUCCCGCCUCCUCAAGGAGCGCAUCGUCUGCAUCCACGGGCCCAUCGCCGACGACACGGCCUCGCUCGUCGUCGCGCAGCUGCUCUUCCUCGAGUCCGAGAACCCCGCCAAGCCGAUCCACCUCUACAUCAACUCCCCCGGCGGGGUCGUCACCGCGGGCCUCGCGAUCUACGACACCAUGCAGUACAUCCGCUCCCCGGUCACCACGCUCUGCAUCGGCCAGGCCGCCUCCAUGGGCUCGCUGCUGCUCGCCGCCGGCGCGCCCGGCGAGCGGCGCGCGCUGCCCAACGCCCGGGUUAUGAUCCACCAGCCGUCGGGCGGUGCCUCCGGGCAGGCCUCCGACAUUGCGAUCCAGGCCAAGGAGAUCCUCAAGGUGCGCGACCGCCUCAACAAGAUCUACGCUAAGCACACGGGCCAGGCCAUCGACCGCAUCGAGCAGUGUAUGGAGAGGGACAUGUUUAUGGACCCAGUGGAGGCGCACGCCUGGGGGCUCAUCGAUGAGGUCAUCGAGCACCGCCCAAUUUCACUCGUUUCUGAUGCCGUGAGCAGCGAGCCGCCGAAGAACGCCGGAGGAGGGGAAAACAAGGGAACAGAGGAGCCGUCUCCAGCUUGAUGGGUGGUUGCAAGGUGCAAUCCUUUUUGCGUUCCUGUAGCUGUCUCGUUGGAUUUCAACAUUCAAUGCUUAAUUCUUACAUAAGGUUACAACUUGUUAUUCUGCGGCAGACGGUUUAUCACUAGCUAAGCUGAUGUUUUGCUACUUGCAUUAAUCUGCUGCUGAUGAUGGAUGCAAUCCUUGCUUGCUUACUUAUAGCCAUAUCACAGUUGAUGUUA